AUGGACUCAGGCGAUACCCAAUAUGUCUUCAAAGAGACACGAGUAAACCUCGACCCUCCCACGACGUCGUCUGUUGUUACGAUUCGAGUACCCUCAAACUCGAUACAUGGCCGAAGCCAUCGCAAAUCGGCAGGAGAAAACAGUUCGGAGGAUGAGACGUCAUUUCGAGUGAAGAACUUGGCCAGUUCUUCAUCCAUUUACCACCGAAUUUGGCACGACACACCGCGUAGUUUCCUCUGGAGAAUUCUUGAGGACGGCACACUGCUCAGCAUCCGGGCUGUCGAUGUCUGCAAGAAAUCACAGGCCGCCGAUUUCCCUCUGUUCCUGAACUUUCACUUUUCCGUCCCGAUUCAGCCAGGAUGUGUGGCAUUCUCGGACCACGAAGAGCACGACUCACUCUGCGUCUUUGUUCUCGAUCAGGCAUACCAACUAUACAGCUUCCAUCUCCGACCGGAUCUGUUCAGAAAGAGAUCGGCCAUCGAUGCUGGGCUUUCUGAUUUGGGCAAGGUCCAGGCGCCAGCGGGAUUGGGCUUCAAGCACCCACACCGUAUGAUUGCCGUGAACGCGGAGACACUGUUGGUGACGGUUAAUGAUGGAGGAGUGAUCAGGCUGGAUAAAACCAAGACAAAUGAUCUGUCGUCGAAUGUCUGGAAGGAAUCGUUCUUCAAUGUGCAGGGAUGGGCGCAGAACCUCCGAAGUCUUCUUCCCUUUCAAGGAAAGCACACAAUCAAGCACGGCAAGAUCAACAUGGAGUACAGCUCAGCCACCUCGAUUCAGGUCACCAGUCUCGGACUGGACGACUGCCUCUUUGCGAUCACCGUCUGUCUCGACCACAGAAUGCGAAUCUGGAACAUUGAUGAUGGCCAGAUUCUGUAUACAAGCGAUAUCCUAAACGCCGAGAGAAAUCCUCAGGAGAUUGGCAAAUGGGCUAUUGAUCCAUCACAAACCAACCUGGUGCAGAUUGUAGGCCGGAAUCGUGGCAGCAGGGUUUGCGCAACGUUCUCGCCCAUUGGCGCUGGAGAGUUCAAGUUCUGGAAGAUCACAGCCAAGGAUGCAUUCAGCGUUGUUGUUGAAGAUAUCUUCCCGAAUAACUCUUUGGUCCCAGUUACGCCAUCCUCUUCCGAUGUAUGGACCCUCGCCGACUUCGUUCUAUCCUGUCCCGCCGAGAGCGCUAUCCAACUUUGGACCCUAUGGAAGAACAACAUGACAUACAGGGUGCAGAAGCUCGAAUUGGAUCGUAAGAAUAUCUCACAGAGCUGGGAGGAUAACUGGGAUGGUGUAUAUGCAGACAACUUAAUCCAGGCCGCCGAGGGGUCUGGCCCUUCCGAUCCAACUGAUGUCACCGAGAAGUGGCUUCAACUCAUUUUGAAGCCCGGUCAAUUUACGAAAUCGACCCUCGAGGCAGCAUUGUCUAUUUAUGAGCGAGGCUUUGGAAAAUCAAAGGAUGCCGGAAAGGGUCGCGGGCUCGCCGAGGCGAUCUGCUCGAUAUUGGGGUCAAUUGCAACACUGGAUCGGGGUUCUUCGGGCACGAUGGAAUAUGAAACCUUUCGCGCGUCGAGCGAGGCUCAGUGGUUGAGGUUCUACCGUCUAUUGCUCGAAUUGGAUAAGCAACGAGGAGAAGCACUUGGACUAACCCUCGACCCUCACACAGGCCUGGCUUGGGUUGUCUGCGCCGACUUCCUUUCAGCCAUCCGGGAAUGCAGUAGCCUGGAACGACUAUACUACAACAUAUCCUCGCCAGAACAAGACCAGCUCGCUCAAGCGGCCCUGAUUGGAUCUGGCCUGACAUUUGUGGAAGGAUUCCCCGAAUAUUUAACGCAAUCUUGUCAAGCCACACUGCGGCCUGAGCUGUUUGAAGACUCGUCCAAGACUGAUCUCGAGCGUAUUCAGUAUUUCUCCGACAAGUCUGGCUUCUGGCGGGGAAUUACUGAUGAGGACUGCAACCAAGUUGUCGAUGUUCUUGGCCAAAACUUCAGCACAGUUACAGACGACCUUUACACUGAUGUGAUGAACCUCAUUUCUGCACCCGAAGAGGCCAAGACCCGUAACUUGCGCCAUCCUCUCACUGACUUUGGAAAGAAGUUGGUUGUGAAGGCGGUUCAAGACAACAUUGAGUUGCAGUGGAGGGUGUAUUUUAGCCAGUUGAUUCUUCUCGUCCACAUGGAAUUCGAGUUCGACAACGAGGCCGAUAUCCUUCAUAACCGAGUCGACGUCGGCAAUGUUUUUAGACAGCUCAUUGCAGCUCUGCGACGAUUGGAGCUGCUAAAGUGGCUCGCCCAGACUGAAAUCACAUUGCCCAGCGUCCGAGAGAAGAGCGAGAACGGCUCCGUCUCGAGAAAGAUUGUUGAAGAUGCCCAGUGCGUAACGGCGCUAGAGGCGAAUGUUGGUCACCUGCUUGGCUUCUCCAAGAAGGGCACACCUCUUGCUACCGACAUUACUGACCUAGUUACCAACCUGUGUGCUCCCGAUAGCGAUAUCGAGGUUUCACCGUCAUUGAUCCAGUGCUUUCUCAUCAAGCGAGAGAGGGCUGAUCUGGCUCUGGAUAUUGCACCUUUCUGUGACCAGAACCCCUUUUCUACAUACGUUCAAGGUCGCCUGCAGCUGGCCUUGAAGGACUUUAAUACUGCUGCUAUUUACUUUAGAAAGGCAGCCAUCGGGAUGAGCACGGAAAACCUCGAAAGUGAUCGCCACAGCAGCGGCCUGCUUGACGAUACUGAGUGGAACCUGCUCAACCACGGCCCUGCAAAGUACUACUCGCACAUCGUCGCCUUGUUCGAGAAGCAAAAGGCUUACUCUUACGUGAUCGAGUUCGCUCGUCUCGCCAUGCAAUUCCUUGGCAACAAGCAAGAUGCCAUGUUCACUAAGACUGACAUGCAAAGCCGCUUGUUCAAUGCUGCAGUUGCGACAUCACAAUUUGAGCUCGCUCACACAACACUGGUGUCAAUUAAGGACCAGGCAAUGAAGAUCUCAAACCUGCGCAAGCUGGUCGACAGAAUGUGUGCGACUUACCACAACAUCGAGCUUGUAUCUAUGCCAUUCCCAGGUCUGCAGCAGGAAGUCGACGACAUCUUGUCACAGAAGACAAAGGCGACACUUGAUGUUAUAGAAGAUUUCCCCUACCACCAGGUUCUCUACUCAUGGCGAAUCAAGCACAACAACUACCGCGGCGCUGCAUCAGUCGUACUGGACCGAAUUCACAAGCUACGAAGCGCUGGAGAAGGCGACGAGGCCACAGGAGAGGACAUUCUUGAUACUCCGGUGACCAGACAGUACCUCCUGCUCAUCAACGCCCUCAGCUGUGUGGAUUCCAAGCAGGCUUGGAUCUAUGAUGAAGCCCCAGCUGGCUAUGGCCAGAAAGAUGCAGUGAAGCGCAAGGUGGUUUCACUGGCGGAUAUUAGGAAGCAGUACCAAGACGAGCUGGACCGAAUCACGGCAAUUCACAACAACCAGUUCGGCUUUGAGGCGGACGACGUUAUGGAAAUUUCAUGA